AUGCGGCUGCCGCCGCCCUUGGCGCUCCCGGGCUCUCUGCCGGACAAAGCCUUGCUGAGGGCACCGGCAGAGGAUCGCGCGAUCUACGACGAGGGCGACGAGAGCUUCAUCAAGAGCCAUCGGGAGUUGCCUGCAAUGAACCCGCUGGAGCUCCAGGGCCUUCUCUUCACGGUAGCUUUCGGAGAUGAGCCGGAUGCACUGAUGCUAAUCAGCAGUGCUGGUGAUGACCCUCCUGGCUCAAAGCCUUUAGAGAAGGAGAAGAAGGCCGAGCUGGACGCGAAGGACCAGCAUGGUCGCACAGCCCUGCACUGUGCCGCAUCGCGGGGCUCCGAAGCCAUUGCCAAGAUGUUCGAGCAGCUGGAUCCAACUCUUCAGACUGGAGCAUGUGACGUGUUGCAUGCUGACCCUGCCAAAGACGAGAUGUCGCAAGACCACUCGAACUUCGUGUACUACAUCGACGCACCAGACCGCUACCUUCGAUCGGCGUUGCACAUGGCGGCUCGUGCAGGCCACGCCCAGGUGUGCCGAUUACUGCUUGAUCACCGAUUGUUCACAGCCGCAAAUGCUGUGGAUUGCGAUGGGCAGACCGCCCUCCACCAUGCAGCAGCCGCUGGCCACGACGAUGUUUGCAAGCUGCUCAUGGACCACGAGUCCUUCACAGCUGUGGACGCCGUCGAUGUCUUCGGGCGCACAGCGUUGCACCACGCAGCGCGUGGAGGGCACGCGCCGGUGGCAAGUGUCCUGCUGACCGAGGCAGAAGUCAGCACUGUCUGGGCGACUGACUGCGACCACCUGACAGCCUUGCACUCCGCCGCCUUCCGCGGCCAUCUGGAAUGUUGUGAGACGCUGCUGCAGCAUGCCAGCUUGGAGCAGGUUUGCAAGGCCGGCAUUCUGGAGAUCGCCUCGCUCCGCCAUGCUCGUGAGGACGUCCGCGCCGUCAUUCAAGCUGCUUUGGAGAAGGUGGGCGUGGCCUUCGAGGAUCCCAAGGAAGUCGGCGUGCAGGUAGCUGCCGGGGCCACAGACGAUCUUGGCUUCGACCUGGCCAUUGAGGAGGUGGAGGAGGAGGAGGAGGGCUCCGAGGAGCAGCUCCAGCUGACUCUGCCAUCACCGACCGAUCUCGGAGCGAUCGCGGAGGGAGGCAGUCCUGGAACUCGGAGCCCGCGUACGCCAGAAGGACAAGAUGUCCCUGCGGACGUCCUCACUGCUGCACCACUACUGGCGAUCCACCAGAAGCUGCUGGAAGCAAAGAUGAGCCUUGACAUCCAAGUUGUUUGCUGA